GAGGGACUGAGAAAGGUCUACGUGUGCCCCUACGAUAUCAGUUUUCUCGUCUGGCGGAGACUUACGCAGGUUGAGACUUACAUGAACCUGGAAAAUUUAUAGAUUGAGUGGCUCGAAUAAACCUGGUAUAAUAGAUGGGUCAGUCGGAUGAGAACCAUGAGAUCUACAUUCCCAAUGCCAUCCUGCACUACUAGAGAAGAAUUUCUUCAAAAGGUAAUUGAGCUUUCUGCAAACAGUUAAUCUUCCUCAAUUCAAGAUAUCACUCAUAUAGAGCUCUAGCGACAACGAGUGAAGACCGAAGAAGCUACUCUUUGGGAUUCACUGAAACCGGUUAACCUUCGUUUACGAAACUCCGCAUUUUGGAAUACCAUUGAGGACCAGCAAUGGGGACGAGAUGGAACAAUUCUUUGGCUGAGAAAGAAAUGACAAUGACAAACUUAUCAACAUCCAAAGGCCCUCAUAAUAUUGAGGUAACUCAAGCGCCCAACUCGAUGUCCUCUGAACUGAGAAUAAUAACUCUCACGCUCUAUGCGGUUAUAUUUCUUGUAAGUGCAGUGGGAAAUUCUUUAGUUUGCACGGUGAUUUUACGACGGAAAAAGAUGAAAACUGUGACGAACUAUUUCGUAUUAAAUCUGGCGAUUGCAGACUUGACUUUCACUUGCAUUUGUAUUCCUUUUGACAUUCCUGUACAAGAAAUGAACUACCGAUGGCCCUACGGAGCAUUUCUUUGUAAACUGUUAUAUCCCCUUCAAACACUCACACUAUUUGCGUCUGUUUACACACUGACAGCCGUCAGUUUGUCGCGAUUCUGGGCAAUAAACCACCCUCUCCGUCGACAGCUUUCGACCAGAAGCGCGAAAUUCAUAAUUGUGGGAAUAUGGAUUGCGUCCCUCGUAGCUGUCACGCCAUACAUCAGUGUUUCCGAGAAAAACGGUGAGUCCGGAAAAUGUGAUGAGGAAUGGCCGAGCAAAAGCGCACGAAAAACGUACACGGUUACGCUGUUUGUGUUUGAAUAUAUAUUUCCGCUGACAGUAAUUGCAGGCGCGUACAUAAGCAUUGGCCGAGAGCUUGCCCGUCGCGCUAGGAACGGUAACCGUUACUUGCAAGACCUCCAAUCCGAGGAGGCGAAGAAAGUUGUGCGCAUGCUCAAGAUAGUAACCCUUAUGUUUGCUGUAUGUGUUUUGCCAAAUAAUAUUCUGUGGUUGUGGUUGGACUUUGGCGGAGCAGAUGAAAAAUACGACAGAUUCUGGGAUUUAGUGGCGCUUGGUAACAUAAUAACGUUUGCAAACAGCGCGGCUAACCCAAUUUGCUACACGAUUCUGAAUGAAAGCUACCGCAAUGAGUUCAAGGAUCACCUCAUGAAGAUGUUCAACAAGAUCAUAGGAAAGCCAUCUGGAGGACGAAGGGAACUUCUGCGAAUGAAUGAUAACGGUGAUAGUCAACGAAAGUUACGAACUGCUACAAUGAGUUCCGCUUUCUAACAAGAAAUGACACUUUUAUACCGAUGGAGUCCAGGCACAGCUUUU